GUCAUCCUGGGUGUCCAGGGAGGGAGCCAGUGCCUGUCAUGUGGGACGGGGCAGGAACCGACUCUGAAACUAGAGGCCCAGCCAUACUCUCACCUUGUCUCCUCCUCCAAGAAGCCUUUGCUGAAUUGAGGCGUCUGGUCAUCUGCUCUGACUGUGCUACAUUGCUAUGUUAACUUCCCCUUGUUGUAAGAAUUGAUUUGCCGUCUGUGGCCCCUGAAGUGACCUCAAGGUCAAGGCUGUAUCAGUUUGUUUCCAGGCACCUCAAAUAAUGUUUGACAAAUAAUUGGAAACCCGUGAAUACAGACAGUGGAAACUAUUCCUCCACCGUGGAAUAUUUCUUCUCUCUUCUCCACCCAUCUAAAUGGGCCCACCCUUCAAGAAGCAGCCGAAAUUCUGCCUCACUCUGGAAGCUUUCUCCAGCCUGCAGUGAUUGCUUCAUCAUCUGUAGGAUGAUAGAAUUCAAAAUGGCUUUGGCAAGGAUGAACUGACACAUCUGCAUGUGGGUUGGCCUCUCCUACCUCCUUACCAAGCCCUUUGUGGAACUGUGCAAAUGACAUAAUACAAGGACCAGUCACCCAGGAUUGCAGGAAUGUGCUCCCUGCCCAUGGCAAGAUACUACACAAUUAAGGAUGCAGAUCAGAAGGCUCUAUACUUAAGAGGUGACCAGCUCCUGGUAGGAGAUCCCAGUGCGGACGACUGCUGUGCAGAGAAGAUCUGCAUACUUCCCAACAGAGGCCUGGACCGCACCAAAGUCCCCAUCUUCCUGGGACUCCAGGGAGGCAGUCGCUGCCUGGCCUGUGUGGAGACAGAAGAGGGGCCUUCCCUGCAGCUGGAGGAUGUGAACAUCGAGGACCUGUACAAGGGUGGUGAGCAGGCCACACGCUUCACCUUCUUCCAGAGAAGCCUGGGCUCAGCCUUCAGGCUUGAGGCUGCUGCCUGGCCUGGCUGGUUCCUCUGUGGCCCAGCUGAGCCCCAGCAACCAGUACGACUUGCCAAGGAAAGUGAGCCAUUGGCCUGCACUGAGUUCUACUUUGAACAGAGUCGGUAGUGAGGCAGGAGGCCGAGUUCCAGGCUGGUGCCCCCAAACCAAGCUCAUCCUGCUGAAGGCAGCAUCCUGCUGAUAGGCAGAAUAAUGCCCCCCUAAAGAUGUCCACGUCCUAAUCCCCAGACUCUGUGAAUAUGUUACCUCCAAGGCAAAAGUGACUUUGCAAAUGUGAUUAAGGUAAGGAUCUUGAGAUGGGAAGACUCCCACAAGGGUCCUCGUAAGAAUGAGGCAGGAGGGUGAGAGUCAGAGGCUGGAAGAUGCUAUGCUAUUAAUCGAAUUUCAAAUGUAGCAGACAGGGCUAUCGGCCAGCGAAUGCAGGUGGUUCCAGAAGCUGUAAAAAGCAAGGGAAGGAUUCUCUCCUAGAGCUUCCAGGAGAAACACAGCUCGGCUGACAGUUGAAUUUUAGUCCAGUGAAACCCAUUUUAGACCUCUGACCUCCAGAACUGUAGAAUAAUAAAUUUGUGUUGUUUGAA